AUAAAUUUAUGCGAUAUUUCGAUAAUGGCUGACAAACCAAUUUGCAGAAAUAUAAUUGGCAAAUCUUUUGAACUGACCAUAUUCAAACAUAAACUAUGUCUAGUGUCAUUGGUUUACUACAUAUUGGUAAUUCCUGCUUUUGCAAAUCCAGAAAGGAGAACCCUAAUCCAAGUCGUAAGAAUGGAGAAAGCAGCAAACAGACAUUUGACAGUUGGUUCUCAGUCUAGCGGAACUGUCAAAACAGAAGACGUUGACGCAAUAUUUUGGGGAAAACUGUUGAGCAUUGGUCGUGAAAACAAAGCGGAAGGCAGACUUCAUCUGCUUCCAACUAACUGUGAUGAAGAUGAGAGCAGUGUGGCUCGGCUCCCAGGAGGCUGGGUUGCAGUCCUCAACUACACUGAUGAACUUGGAGUCAGCCCUGGAACGGUGGGCCAGUGCCAUGGGAUCAUGGACAGGAUGAAGAAGGCGCUAUUCUUUGGGGCAUCAGCUAUCAUUAUUUUAACUCUGAAUCCCUUGAAAAUCAAAGAAUUGGAUGUGAGUCAGCUGUUUGCAAGGCCUGUUGUCCUUGUGGACAUCUCAGAAAACAUUACCAACAUGCUGCAUCUACUCACAAGUAAGAUGAAGAUAAAGGCAAGGUUUUUGUACAAUGUAUCACAGAAUGUUAAAGAGUCACAAAAGUAUUUCACCACAGUAACCCUGUGGGGUACAUGUGGGAGGUACAGUGGUAGAAGUUACCACGAGUGGGACGGAGUUGUCUGCCUUGGUAACCAGGAAACCCCUAGCAACAAGGAGGGCAAGGUUGAUAUUGAAAAUUUCUGGAACUACUUUUACUCUGCUAUACUGGUUCUCAUGCUGAUCCACUAUUUGCGCACUAGACAGGAACAAGACUGGGAGAAUCCAGACUAUAUAGAUGUCUCAUUAAGAGAGCUGGCGCACAAAGCUCUUGCUGUGAUGAAAAUCAAACGAUAUUCAAAAGAAGGCAACCAUGAUACCUGUGCUGUCUGUCUAGAAAAUUUCUACCUGAAACAGAAAUUGCGCGUUCUGCCUUGUGGCCACUACUUCCAUACCAAAUGUGUGGACCCCUGGCUUGUCAGGAACCAUACCUGUCCUUUGUGCAAGCUAAACAUCAUAGAGAAGCUUGAAAGUCUUCCAGAAGAGACGUGAAGGCACGUGGAUGGAGCCACUCACACGAUUGAUAUUACAGGAUUGUGAACUUCCCACCUCUACAACCACAUGUAUAAGCCCAGUGAGGUCUACAAACUUGAGCUUUCUCUUAAGAAUUUCAGUGUUUAAACUUAAAAAAGUAGCCAGUAAAUAUAUCCUUUACAAAGUUAGAUUGUAAUUUCUUUGACCAAUAUUUUUUAUUUAUUUUGAUAAGGAACAAACUUUUGUAAAAUAGGGACCAGAAUAUCUCUCUUAACAAACAACAAAAACAUGCUGUAUUAAGUUUGGAUAACUGAUCUAUAUCAACAAUUUACACAAGAAAACGCCUGUAAUAAAAAUGUUUAUUUCAGGAAAAAAAGAUAAAUCAAUCAGACCAAAUUUACUUAAAAGGCAAAAUUUUGACGAUGGACAACGCACAAUGCACAACUGACAAAAAGUGAUCCUAAAAGCUCCUGAGCAUGUCAGAUUUUGUGUUGUGCUUUCAGAUUUUUUUUCCUUUUUUGAAAGAAUUGAUCGAUGUGUUUUCUUUGUCUACAUGGGCAUUUUGUGUCUUCUAUCCAAAUUCAUUUGGUGCUGUUUUUGGUCAGUAAGCUAUAUACAUGUACAGUUUUAAGCUCACCAUGAGCAUGACAUGCUCAUGAGCUUUUAGGAUCACUUUUUAUCAGUUGUGCAUUGUGCGUUGUCCAUCGUCAAAAUUUUGCCUUUUAACAAUCUAGAGGCCACAUUGUUUGUCUGAUCUUCUUGGAACAUGGUUUACAGAUUUGUCCAAAUUACAUGUAUAUCUUGGACAAGUUUGAAACUGGGUCAUGUGAGGUCAAAAACUAGGUCACUUGGUCAAAUUUAAGAAAAAGCUUGUUAACACUCUAGAAGUAACAUUAUUCGAUCUUCAUUUAAAUUUGUCAGAACAUUUGUUCUUAUGAUAACUCUUCUGACUUCGAAAAUGGUGCUGGUUUGGGAAAAAACAUGGAUGCAAGGUGGCGGGGCAGUUUUCCUUAUAUGGCUAUAGAACAACCCUGUUGGCUCACAUUUAUGGUCCAAUCUUUAUGUCACUUGGUCAGAACAUCUGUUGUUAUGAUAGCUCAGGUGAGUUCAAAAAUGGUUCUGUUCCAUUAAAAAACAUUGCUGCCAGAGGGAGGGGCCGUUUUCAUUAAUUGGCUAUAUUAAAAUCUUGUAACCAGGUUAGGAGUCACAUUUAAAGUCCAAUCUUCAUGAAACUUGGUCAGAAUAUUUGUUCUACCGGUAAUGCUUACUCAGCUGUGUUCUAAAAUGGUUAUGGUUCAUGGCCACCAGGGGGCGGGGCAGUUUUGUUUAUUUGGCUAUAGAAAAACCUUGUUAUCACUCUAAUUGUUAUGAGGAUGCUGGAGCACAAUUAUGAUGAUGAUGGUGAUGAUACUGGUAAUAGAUUCAGAAACAUUAAUAACAACCCAAGUAUUAAACAACAAUUAUUGCAUUACUCCAAUUAAUUAUUAUAAUUACUUCAGAUUGUUAUCUUUAUUUAACAGAAUUUAACAUAUUGGUAAAACCAGUUAAACUACAACACUGUGACAUAUGAAUCUUAUUUGACCUUUCAUUCACUUUUUCUACUCUCCAUAAAAUUCAUGUAUACCUAUUCUUGCAUUGUUGCUGCUACAAUAGUGUUGAUUCAGACCUUCUUGAAUAGCCAUGUGAUGAUUGUGUACCAGGCUUACAGGUCCCUGGAAAUGGGCCACAAUUAACUGGGCUCUCACAUCAAAGACCUAUGUCUUGAUGUCAGAUGGACACCAUUGAUAAGAUUGACUGCUUAUACAGUUUGCAGUCAUUCAGUAGUUUGUGUGUGGUUAUCAAAAAUGUGUGAUUUUAAAACAGGUUUUAUUGUUGUUUCCAUUGGAAUUAUCAUUGCAUUUUUUAGCUUG